CACCCACGCCUCCCUCUCCCUUUACACCACCCCCUGAUCCUAUAUAUCUAAGCCCCCCAUCCCAAACUCUUUGUCCCCAUAUGGUCACUUCAUUCAUGCUCUUUCCAUCCAUCCCUCAGCAGCUAAAAACAUUCAUUUCUUUUCCUCUUAAUUCUAACAAACUAUUAGUCCAUUAGCCAUCCCCCAAAUAAAAGAUGAGCACUGCUUGUACUGAGCAACACAACUUUCAGCCCUCUCACCAACUCUCCAAAAAAGUGCCCUUCAAAGACAUUGAAAUUCCUCCAAGGAAACUCCUCCUUUCUCACAAUCACAUCCAAGGGAACAACACCAUGCAACUUCCCUACGAAACUAGCCUUCACAAAUAUCUCCCUUCCAACAGGAAUAACCAUGAAGAUGAAGACAAUGACGCUGAUCCCUAUGCUACUGACCAUUUUCGCAUGUAUGAAUUCAAGGUGAAAAGUUGCAGCUGGAGUAGGAGCCACGAUUGGACAGACUGUCCUUUUGCUCAUCCUGGCGAGAAGGCCCGCCGCCGUGACCCUCGCCGCUACCGCUACUCCUCCACCGUCUGCUCUGACUUCCGCCGUGGUGGUGGCUGCCUUCGUGGGGAUGACUGUGACUUCGCUCAUGGGGUAUUCGAGUGCUGGCUGCACCCUACCCGCUAUAGAACUGAAGCUUGCAAGGAUGGCAAAAACUGCAAGCGGAAGGUUUGUUUUUUCGCUCAUUCUUCUCGUGAGCUUCGUCUCUUGCCUGAGGCAUCUCCAGAGUACAAGAAUUCAGGUUCUUGCCGCUCUUCCCCAAUGAACAAGAAUAACCAUUGUUGCUUGUUCUGCCACUCUGUCACCUCGUCUCCUACGAGUACUCUGUUGGGUUUGUCUCAUUUAUCAAGGUCACCAUCUUUGUCACCGCCUUUGUCUCCUAUGAAGCAGCGGAGAUCUUUGGGUGGGUUUUCACCAAUUUCCAGGUGCAGUGAUCGUUUGAGUAAGUUUGGAAUGGAAAUGAUGAGUUACAAGAACGUUCUUAACGACCUGAUGUGUUCUUUGGAUAACAUGAAUUUCUGUGAAGUCCCUUCACCUAUGGCAGGCGGGAACAACUUCAGUGCUGCAAACAUUCCCUGGCUUGAUGUUUCCCUCAAUGGGGAAGAUCAGCAGCAGUUUGUUCUAUCUCCUUCCAGGCCAAGCCCUUCUGGAUCUGGGGAAUAUUUUGGUGCAACGUCCACAGGAUUUGGUGUUGAUGAGAAGAUCAAUGAAAAUGGCGUCGCUUGUGAUCCUGAUCCCGAUCUUGAGUGGGUCAAUGAGCUGUUGAUGUAGAGAGGAGGAUGAUGAUGACGACAAUGAAAGGAGAAUUGCAUGUGUAAAUACAGUCAUGCAUCAGCCGCACAUAUCUAUCUCUCAUAUCCAAAGUGUGUGGUUCGGUUAAUAUUGCCGAUGUGAUCAGUAUUGCUUCAAGCUCCUGAUAGUCCUUUAAAUUCAGAUUGCUAAGUUUGUUUGAGUUUUUUUUUUUUUUUUUGGUGUUUUUUGAAGUGAUUUGAUCUGAUCUUCUUUUGCGUACUCAACUUUUGAAUUAUUGAUGAAUUCAAAAUUUUAUUUCUCCCCAAGUA